UCACCCAAAAAUAAUUUCCAAAAAUCAUUCUAUUCAUUCAAUUUCCUCUUCCAACAAAAAUGUCUUUAAUUUCAACCCUCAAUUCUUCUCAAUUUCUACUCAAAACCUUCUUCUUCUUCUUCUUCUCCAUAUCCAUUUUCUCUCUGGUCAACGCUCGUUCUAUAAAGUCAACGCAUCAUCACAGUAUAGAGCUCGAUGAAUCGCUUACAUAUUUAUGGCCGUUGCCGGCACAAUUCACUUCCGGUAACGAUACGCUCACUGUUGAUCCUAAUUUGACACUUGAUUUUACCGGAAACGGUGGUGGUAGUGGUGGAUCAGUUGUUGUUGAAGAAGCGUUUGAGAGAUAUAAGAAGAUUAUUUUUAAGCAUGGUGCUAAAUUAGCUAAAUCUGGUGAAUAUUUUGAUGUUAAUAGGGUUACCGUCAUUGUUCAUUCUGAUAAUGAUGAGUUGCAACUUGGCGUUGAUGAGAGCUACUCGUUAUUGGUGACGAAGAGCAAUGAACGUUCAAUUAUCGGGGGAGUCUCGAUUGAGGCAAAUUCUGUUUAUGGUGCACUAAGAGGGCUUGAGACAUUGAGUCAGUUAUGUAAGUUUGAUUACGGGGUUAAAACAGUGCAAAUUCGUAAGGCUCCAUGGUUUAUUCAAGACAAGCCCAGAUUUGCAUAUCGCGGUCUUCUGUUAGAUACAUCAAGACACUAUUUGCCGAUUGAAAUUAUCAAGCAAAUUAUUGAAUCUAUGUCCUAUGCUAAACUUAAUGUUCUCCAUUGGCACAUCAUAGAUGAAGAGUCAUUUCCUCUAGAAGUGCCUUCUUACCCAAACUUGUGGAAAGGGGCAUAUACAAAGUGGGAACGCUACACUCUCGAGGAUGCCAUUGAAAUUGUUGCCUUUGCAAAGAUGAGAGGUAUCAAUGUUAUGGCAGAAGUUGAUGUUCCCGGCCAUGCAGAAUCAUGGGGUGCAGGGUACCCUGAUCUUUGGCCUUCUCCAUCUUGUAAAGAGCCCUUAGAUGUUUCAAAAAACUAUACUUUUGAUGUGAUAUCAGGCAUUUUGGCUGAGAUGAGGAAGAUUUUUCCAUUUGAGCUCUUCCACUUAGGCGGUGACGAGGUCAACACAACUUGUUGGACAACUACACCACACGUGAAACAAUGGCUUCAAGAUCAUAAGAUGACUGCAAAGGAUGCAUAUCAGUAUUUUGUACUCAAAGCUCAAGAAAUAGCUAUAUCACACAACUGGACACCUGUUAACUGGGAAGAAACCUUCAACAAUUUUCCAUCUAAACUUAACCCACGGACGGUGGUGCAUAACUGGUUAGUUGGUGAUGUUUGUGCAAAGGCAGUUGCAAGUGGUUUUAGAUGCAUUUAUAGCAAUCAGGGUUAUUGGUAUCUCGAUCACUUAGAUGUCCCGUGGGAGGAGGUCUAUUUUGCAGAACCACUGGAAGGAAUAAAGAGUAUCUCUGAGCAAAAACUUAUACUUGGAGGUGAAGUAUGCAUGUGGGGAGAAACCGCAGAUGCCUCAGAUGUUCAACAAACCAUAUGGCCACGGGCUGCAGCUGCAGCAGAGCGGUUGUGGAGCGACAAGGAGACCACAUCAUCAAAAAAUACUACGUCAACUGCAUUACAGAGGCUGGAGUACUUCCGAUGCCUCUUGACAAGGCGUGGUGUUCCAGCAGCUCCAGUUACCAAUUUUUAUGCUCGACGUCCUCCAUUGGGGCCAGGGUCAUGUUAUGAACAAUAACUUGUGUAGCAUCAUCAAGUUAGAUCCGUGUGCUAUAACUGGUAAGUUUGCGAAACUCAUGACCUAGUAAAUCUUGUCAGCUUGACGCUGCUGUAUAGUCUCAUGCCCUUAGAAACGAUCCUACGUUGAGAUUGUCUGUUGUUUUACUCACUCAUUUUCGAGAUCUUCACUGUACCAUUAUUGUGUUUUCUUAAUGUGAAUAAGAGAAAACUGUAUGAUCUUGCAAGACUCCAUACUUAAAACUUUGGAUUUGGCAAUAUUUUGCCUCGUAUAUUACAUUCAAACUUGUUAUCUCAUAUUCUUAUUUCAUUUU